AUGCUCACUAUGGAGACGCGACGUGUUAGUCAAUCAUCCAUUCCGGAUGAUAAACUCCAAGUAGUCGCGAUUGCUGGGGGGAUUAUGACAUACACACAGACUACUCAAAAGAGUGGCCCACGACGAAUGUUAUCCGAGAGAGAUAACGGUCCACAACAAUUUGAUGAACCUGAAUGGAGUGACACAAUGUCCAAUCAUGAUCCGGCUGGACUUUAUGGAGCUUUGAAAAUCAAUGGACCAACAACCCGUUCUCGUUAUUCUAUCUUGAACUUUGUUGCAAUCCUCCUGUACCAAGUUCACACUUGCUACAAGGGCAAGGAGUCUACUACAAUGAAACUACAGGCGUUAAGAGUGGCAGUAUCUACACUUCUUGAUGUGGUUGAAGGAACAACUUACAAAAUUAGCAUGAUGGUAAAUGCGGGUACUUCGAUUCAAUACACAUUCUGGAUUGAUGGCCAUACAUUUACAGUGGUUGGGACAGAUUUUGUACCCAUUGAGGGGUACGAAACAGACACGUUGAACAUUGCUGUUGGUCAACGUUACGAUAUCAUCAUCAAGGCAAACGCAGAUUGUUCCGAUGGUACAAAUUUCUGUAUUCAUGCUGCCAGAGACUGCAACGAACCGUCGCAGAUAUCUACUCUAGGUAUUAUCAGAUAUGACUCAACAUCGACCGAACUUCCUCCCGACUAUCAAGACUAUCGAUUGAACUUCGGAUGUUUGGAACCUCCAGCCAAAGAUCUGGUUCCUGUGGUAUCCAAGCAGGUGGGAAAGUCAAUCAAUGGACUUACCCCAAAUCAAUACCUCAAUGCAUCCUUGCAGCUUUAUCCUAGAAUCGAUGCCAAUACCCACCUCGUGAAAUGGAGUCUCAAAGACUACCCCAUGUAUCUUAACUGGAGCGUUCCCUCUCUCAAGCUCAUUCAAGACAAUUCCGACACAACGGGCGCGGCUUUCCCACAAGAUUAUGUCUCAAUAUUCCUCGAUUACCCUAAUAAUAACUCGCUGUAUCUCCUCGUUGAAGGCAUGUUCAAUACAACGGAUCCAUCGAUAGAGGCAGUCAAUACCAGCCAUUCUAUUCAUUUGCAUGGUCAUGAUUUUUCGAUAUUAGCCCAAUCAAACACCCCAUUUGACAUUACGACAUUUUCACCGAACCUGGAUAACCCUCCCAGAAGAGACACCGCAAUGCUACCCAAGAACGGAUACUUGGUUAUAGGUUUUGAAAGGGAUAAUCCGGGGGUCUGGCUUCUUCACUGCCACAUCGUAUGGUAUGUAUUUUCUGGAAUAACAGUACAAUUUGUCAAAAAUUCCGGUCAACUCAAGAGUUUAGUUAGUAAGGCUGGAGUCAUGCCAGGUUUGGACAACCAAUGCGAUGCGUGGACUAGCUAG